GCUCAGUCGCUUUUCAGCUUGAAGCCUCCUCCUUGCUUCUUUUUAUUGCUUAUCAAUUAGAAAGGAACUUCUGCGGAUUUCGGCAAAUCAUGCGGGAGUGCUCCGUGCCUUAUUUAUUUUAUCCGUAACCCUCCAAUCUCCAAACCCGUUUGACUACUCAAGUCGUCGAACUCUUAUCCGAAAGAAAUGACUCCGCGCGAUUCCGAUUUUCACUCGCCCAGAAUGGCAGACGAACACCAAUACCUUUCUCGCUCUCCACUUGCGAGGACAGCAAUUGCUCGCGAUCUGGAAGACUACGCUGACGAUGAAGACUCCAUGCUCACCACCGACGACGAUGCAUCCGAGACCUCGACCAUUCGCGCAGUCGGCAGUCAGCCAGGAACCAGAUCCCAUUCCUUGACCGGUUCAUACCAGCGACCCAGCUUCUUCACGACAGUCUCGCGCGCCACCGUUGUCCCCUAUCGCCCAGAUCAGGAGGGAAUGACCCGCAGAGAACGCGAUCAAGCGAUCGAGGACGAGCGGGAUCUUCUCACGGACAACCACUUCAUUGAACCGUCGAGGAAGAAGACUCGCCGCACGGCAUCAGAGUCUGCGCCAUCCACGGAAGAUACUGCGCUCUUAGGAGAGGCGUCUCGUCAGCCUCAGUACGAUUCUGUUGACUCCGAGGAAAUCGACCGGAAGUGGGAGGAAGCCGUUACCGCCGGACUCAUUCAUACAACGUGGAAACGUGAAGCUCAGGUCAUUGGAAAGAAUGCAGCACCGUUGGUGUUCACCUUUUUGCUCCAGUAUUCCUUGACGGUGGCCAGUAUCUUCACCCUGGGACACCUGGGCAAGAAGGAAUUGGGCGCUGUUAGUCUUGCUAGUAUGAGCGCGAAUAUUACAGGUUAUGCUAUUUACCAGGGUCUGGCUACCAGUCUGGACACACUCUGCGCUCAGGCCUACGGCUCCGGAAGAAAGAAACUCGUGGGUUUGCAGAUGCAGAAGAUGGUCUUUUUCUUAUGGACUAUUUCUAUUCCCAUUGUCAUUCUCUGGUUCUUCUCUGACAGGAUUCUGGUCAGAAUUGUGCCCGAGACAGAGGUGGCCAUGCUGGCUGGUCUCUAUCUCAAGGUGGUUGCUCUGGGUGCGCCGGGAUAUGCCUGCUUUGAGAGUGGAAAGCGGUUUGUGCAGGCGCAGGGUCUCUUUUCCGCUUCCCUCUACGUCCUUCUUAUCUGCGCACCCCUGAAUGCAUUGAUGAAUUAUGUGUUUGUCUGGCAGUUCGGAUGGGGCUUUGUCGGGGCUCCCAUCGCCGUGGCCAUCACAGACAACUUGAUGCCGUUGUUCCUGUUCCUAUACGUGUACUUUGUUGCCGGAUCCGAAUGCUGGAAUGGUGUAACCAUGAGGGCACUGCGCAACUGGGGCCCCAUGAUCAAGCUCGCCCUCCCAGGUCUAUUGAUGGUCGAGGCUGAAUGCCUCGCCUUUGAAGUCCUCACUCUGGCUUCUUCAUACCUCGGAACCACUCCCUUGGCCGCGCAGUCUAUCCUGUCGACCAUCUCUAGUAUCACCUUCCAGAUUCCCUUCCCUGUAUCCAUCUCCGGGAGCACUCGUGUCGCAAACUUGAUCGGCGCAACCCUUGUCGAUGCCGCUAAAACCUCUGCGAAGGUCACCAUGGUCGGCGCCGUCAUCGUCGGUCUUCUCAACAUGCUCCUCCUUUCCUCUCUGCGCUACUACAUUCCGCGACUCUUCACUUCUGAAGAGGAAGUCAUCGAAUUGGUCGCGCAGGUGCUCCCUCUCUGUGCAGCGUUCCAACUCUUCGAUGCCCUCGCAGCAAACUGCAACGGUAUUCUCCGAGGUAUCGGCCGGCAGGAAAUUGGCGGUUACGUUCAGCUCUUCUGCUACUAUGUCAUCGCCAUGCCCAUCAGCUUUGGAACGACCUUUGCUCUGAACUGGGGUCUCUUCGGCCUCUGGAGUGGUGUAGCCCUUGCUCUGAUGCUCGUCUCCAUCUGUGAGGGAUUCUUCCUCACUCAAACCAACUGGAACCGUUCCGUGGAGGAUGCACUUAAGCGGAACUCCAUGACUUGAUAUUUCUACCUGUACAUUCCAACGAAUGAUGACAAUGAUGUUUUGAUGAUUUGUUGUUGCAUUCCAUUGUUUUCCAACGUACUGGUCGUGCUCAUCCGAACGAGUGCGGUACAUGAGUACAUGUAUGGGAGGCCUCGUCCAAAAGUUUUGGCCCUUCACAUCGACCCCCUCCAAGCGAACUGAAAUUACUCGUGUGUAUAUUGUGUUUCACAGCUGUGUUAUACCAAUCCUGUCUGGAUCGAAGCCUCCAAACUCGUCUUUGUAUGCUAUGUUCAAGCAAGCCAACACGGCAAAUGUC